CCUGUAUUUGAAGUUAAAUUGUCUAUAAUAGUAACGGAUAUUGUCAAUAAGAAAACUGAUAAGAUUAUUUGCUUUUGAUUAAUUUGAAACUUACACAAUACAAAAUGUUCAUAAACAGGGUUUAUAAGAUUAAAAUCUUCGGAAUCUUUGGUUUAUGUCCAGUAGCUAUUCAUCUUUAUGCCUUUCAUGCCCUUUUUUCCAUCAAAUCUCAAACUCAGUUGAUGUCCAAAUUCCCAAAAAUCAAAUCUCUGACUCAUCAACAUUAUAUAUGCUAAAUAUGAAAUUAAAAAUCAUACUUAAAAUUCAAAGAAUGUCAACAAAUUUAAAUUUUGGCAAAAAGAUGAAUUAAUUAUUUUUAAAAUUUUAUGAUCACAUGAUGAUUUGAAAACUUGAUUUUUGUGUCUCUUGCUCUUCCUCAACAAAUUCUAUUCUCUCUAAAAUUAUAAAUUUGUUUCAAAAAGGCUUUGAAAAAUAUUUUCCGGUGCAUUUAGUUUAGAUUUGCGGUUUCGAGUGUUUGGAUCAAGAAUUAUUGAGUAGCUCUUAAUUAAGUUUUGCUAAUAAAUAACGUAGAAUUUGACAACACAACUUAAUAUUAAAUUAGUUUAGAUCUUUAAGUUUUAAAUUGAAAAAAUGAAGCUUUUUGUUAUAUUAACAAUCUUAUACUUAAUUAUUGGAGCCUUUGCAGGAUUACCUCCAACGGUUCCAAGAUGUCGACGAGAUCAUCCUAACAUGAGUCAGUGUAUAGUAAAUGCGAUUGAAGUGCUGCAACCAAGAUUUGCAUCUGGAGACUUAGGUGGAGGUUGGAUAGUACCGAAACUUGAACCAUUCCAUAUUAAAGAGUUAAGCUAUGGAGAUGAUGGAGGUUUAAAGGUCCAUCUAAGAGGUUUAAAUAUUUACGGAACAUCAAAAUUCAAAAUUGAUAAAUUACGCGCUAAUGCACAAGAAUUAAAAUUCGACGCCCUAGUUGGACUUCCAACAUUCGAGAUCCACGCUAAAUAUCGAAUGGAGUUCAACUUCCUUGGAGCUCGUCUCAAAAGCAAUGGAGACUACUUUGCCGAACACACUGGAGCUAAACUCAUCAUGCCAUUAAGAGGACGUAGAUUUGUACAAAAUGGAAUCGAGAAAAUUAGAUUUGAUCCAAUUGCUAUCAAAUUUGACCGUGGAACGGUAACAAAACUUAGAAUAUCAAAUUUGUUCGGUGGCAACAAAGCACUUGAGGAAAUUGUUCACUCAUUAAUCAUUAGUAAUCCUGAUUUUGUGUACAAAAGUGUUUAUCCACAGUUGGAGUCGGAAUUGUCGAAAGUUUUUACUGACAUUGCCAAUAAAAUUGUGGAAACGACUACGUUUGAUGAAAUGUUUCCACUUCAGUGAUAUUGUAGAU